UUUGAUCAUCUAGGGUCAUCUGCUCCCUCGCAGGUGUUUGCCCCACCUCAUUUAUUGACUGACAGUUUGCUUCAGUUCCUAGACCGGGAUUCUGGGAGGCAGCCAUCUCCAGAGCCAGAUCCAUUUGCUGUUGCACAUCAGGAGUUCCUAGAUCGGGAUUCUGGUAGGCAGCCGUCUCCAGAGCCAGAUCCAUUUGCUGCUGCACAUCAGGAGCUGAGUGACGAGCUAAACCCAGAAGCGGUGCCGAUGCCCAAUAGGGAACAGAAUCAGGGCCCCACUCUGCCUCCUCCACUUCAAAGUAAGACUCAGACUGUCAGCUUAGAUCAGGCUUCAGAGAGCCAAACAUUUGAUAUACCUGUUCCACCUCUUGAUCGUCAGAUUUCAAAAGUAGCAAAGUUUAUUGUUUCACGCUGGAAACUGAAGAAGGAUGCUGCUCAACAUCAGAGACUUGAUGAGACUGUGGCUGGAACUCCACACCAAUUUGCAAACCUUCAGCCAGUUCCAGCUCCAGAGGUGACAGUUCAACCUCCAGCUCAGGAUCAAGCUGAACAGGAUACCUCGCCCAGCGUUACGGGUAAGCCUGUGGAUGUGGAAAUCACCAUAAGUCCAGAGCCUACCCGGGAGGCUGCAUCUUCUCCAACUCAGCCUUCAGAGUUUGCUGAAGGGGCAGAACCUUCUCUCAGUGAGAAGGAACAAGCAGCUGAGCCAUCUGUGUCUCCUGGGGAGGUUCAGCCUUCUGGAAUUCACAUGACUGCUCCAGCCCAGGCCUCAGAGCAUGCUGAGGAGUCUGAACCUCCUCCACCCCAGCAGGAACAACUGGCUCAGUCCUCAGUGUCCUCCGAACAGUCUGAAGCUUUGAAAACCCAGCAUGAGAUUAUAACUCAGAAGCCAGAACCCUUAGAAAAGGAUGAACUUUCUCCAGUCAGUCAAGGGGCUACAGCUCAGCCAGAAGAGCUUCCUGAGGAACCUUCUCCAAGCCAGCAGGAGAGCUCAGUUCCUCCUGUAAUGCCCCUGUGA